CAUAUCAACACCACCUUGACUCCUUCUGCUAGCUGGCGAAGGCCACGUGGUCACCUACACUCAGCCAUCCACCUCACCUGGACACCCACCUGCCCCGGACAUCAUCCAGCCGCAAGAACCCAGAUAAGCACUUCCGGGGUCCUUGGUUUUGAUUAGUUUGCUAGUUUAGUUAGGGGUCACUUGCUGUAGAUAGGAACCAUCCUCGGUCGUUUUUUUUUUUUUUUUUGUGUAACGCUGUGCUCCAAGAUAAACAUUGUUUAUCUUUUAUUUUUUUUCCUGAAGACCAGUUGAUGUGGUUAUCUUGGAGGUUAACGGAGAAGAGUACUUUACACCUGUGUUUUUAUUUAUUUUCUUAUAAGUCACUUUUUGUUUUUUGUUGAUUGCUAUUUAUUUAUUUAUUUUUAUUGAAAAAUGAGUGUGAAUGCAGCACAAUAUAUAAAGGUGUGCAUUCCAGAGUGAAAGGAAGGCGUGCACAGGGUAGAGUGCACAGGAUGCAGUGCCUUUUUUUAUCACCAGACCUUGAUUGAUUGAAGCAAAUGAAAACUUUGGUAUGAAUUGUUCUCUUUCCAAGGGUUGAGGAGAACAUGGUCGUGGUUCAAGUGAAGCCACUACAGCCACUGCCUGACAAGUCUUCCACACUGACAGUGGCAGCAAACACACAAGGGAGGAUGGUGUGGUGGACAAGAGGAUGCAGGGAGACGGCAGACAGAAUGGAAGCUACAGAUGAAAGAAGAGCAGGUCAAGCCAUGGCAGCAGACAGACAGACAGAGACAGAUUGGAUCAGAAAGUAUUAUUAUUUAGUGAGACAGGCCCACUGGAAGCUGUCAGCCUGCUGCGGCACGUGGCAAGAACCAAGUGUUGAGGAGCACACGUUGUCCCUUCACCAGUCAGCAGGUCUGGGCGGCUCGGAAGUCUCACUACAAACUGGAGAUCCAUUCUCUUGGACACAGCUGGAGUCGGACACAAGAUUCAAGAGGGAGUCAUUUUAACGAGAGCUUCAGGCAGAAAAUUCGAGUGGAUUUUCAUUUCUAAAAAUAUCUU